CCCCACAACACAUCCAGACGCACCUUUCCGCUGGUCUGAUGUGGAGACGUGGAAGCAUAUGCCAGUCAGUACUGGUGGCCACCCAACAGAGGCAGAAUACAGCCUGCCCGUGGAGGGAGAUGAGAUUGUGAUUCCUGAGAGCAUGUGACUAGUUGUGGACACGGCCACACCCAAGCUUGGCCGUGUCUUUGUGUAUGGCACCAUUGAGUUUGAUGACACGAUGGACCACAGAUUUGAGGCCACCAUUAUUUACAUCCAGGGAGGCUCUUUAGUGGCUGGCUACUCCUCAGACACUCCCUUCACCCACAGUCUCAUCAUUCGCCUGAUGGACCCUGAAGAUGUUGAUGCCUAUAGCAUGAACCUGGGCUGGAAAACUAUAGGUGUGUUUGGCUAUCUCAGGCUGCAUGGGCAGGUGUGCGGGAGAUCAUGGCACAAGCUUGGGGCCACAGUGGAGGUUGGGACCGGCCACAUAACUCUGGCCGAGGAUCCUGAUGCUUCCUGGCUCAAUAAGGAGGUGGGUGUGACAACAACAGGAAAAGAGGCAACAGAGAGCGAAGUGAGGCGAGUGGUAACAAUCAAUGGUGCCACACUCACCCUAGACUCAGCACUCAAAUUCCAGCACCUUGGGGAGAUACACACGCUGUCAGACGGCACUUCCAUCACACUGGCUGGGGAGGUCGGUCUCCUGAGCCGGAACAUUAUGGUGGAAGGAAUCACGGAGAACAGCAACGGGGGAAGAAUUCUGGUCUCCACAGUCUUCCAGAAUGGCAAGCAUUAUGUUGGUUCGGCCCAAGUGGAUGGCGUGGAGUUCCGUAACAUGGGGCAGGAAGGCUUCACCGACAUCACUGACCCACGCUACUCCAUUGCCUUCCUGGGCCUUGAUGCCAUUGGUGACCAUUCUAGCUACGUCAAGAGGUCAUCAUUCAAUGUCAACUAUAAUGUGGCUGUUGGGCUCAUCAAGACCUUGAACAUGGUAGUGGAGGAGAACGUUAUCUAUCAUGUGCUGGAUUCAGGCAUAAGACACGAGACAGGCUCCAACACCUACAGGUGGAACCUCAUCACAACUGUGUUCUUCCUGGGGACUUAUGAAGACAGACAGGAAACAGAGAACUUGAAUUGGAGUGGUGCCUUUCAGCUGGACAAUGCACCCAACACUGUACUGACUGGCAAUGUUGUUGCUGGUGCAGAACAGGCUGGCUACAAGACCCUUGGAGAGCUGUGCGAGGACACAACUUGGUGGAUGGGGAAUGAAGUGCACAAUGCAAUUUAUGGAGUCAUGCUAUGGAAGAAGGGAGGCACGGGGCCACUGACAGACUGCUGCAGACUCAACAACUUCUACACCUGGAGAAUCUCAGACACAGGCUUCUAUGUCCAGCACUAUGCCAGCUCCCUCAUCACUAAUGUUGUCUCUGUGGACAGUCCCCUGGGAGCAAUGCAGAUCAUCUAUGAGCCAGAUUCACUGAGUCACAAGUUCCACCCCAAGACAGCCAAUGCCAGUCACUCCCUGUUUGUGGGUGUCUCCCCAUCACACACUUGUGAAUACCAGGCAUCCAAGUCCCGGAUAAUGAAGUUCUAUGGAGAUAAAUUUUUUGGUGGAGGCGUCGGCGGAGGAAACACUGGCAUCCUCUUAGCAUCAUUCACCUCUGGAUCUAAUAUGGCACCUCUCAUGACCUUCAGUAACGCUGGCACUUACCCAGCACUCUACGGCUCCACACACUUUGAGGGUCUCACGUUCCACAACUUCCGUGACACCGACUGCGGGCGAGGCACUGCUCUCAUGGUGAACCCUCAGUCAGAGGACGCCAACCACCCGACGUUUGUCAAGGGUCUCUUGUUCCUCAACACACCACAGGAGAACUACAUGUACAUUCCUUGAGCAGCAUCGAUCCGUCAGAGUGUGUGGAUACGGACUGUGAUGGACUAAAGAAGGUGGUGGUGGCGGAUGUUGAUGGAUCUCUGCUGGGUGAAAAGGAUGCCACAGUAAUCUCUCAGGCUGACUGGGAGUGGGACGGAGAUCCUCGGAGGGGCAUUGGAGAUUACCGCAUUCCUCUUCCAAUCAGACAGAAUCUUGACGGAUCCCAGAUUGAGGCAGCUGACAAGUU